CUUCUUCCCCUUCCCCAUUUCACGAUUAGAAUAUAGACAAGAGGAGCGAGAGAGGGACUCCCACCACCACCCAACCCAGCGCUCCCCCAUCGGCGGAGACCGCCAUCACCACCGGCCUCUAGGUACCCCGGCAUUCUCUCUCUCGAGAGAGAGACCGUUUGUUACACUUUCUCCAACAAAAUCGAAUGAAACUUGAAGAGCUUCUCUUAGGUGGUCAAUCACCAUUCCAGUUGACUAGUUUCUUUCAACUCUGCUCGGACCAGGAUUUGUUUAGGAAUUUCUACAAUGAAGAAAAAGAAGAUAGGAAACUUGGACCACUGAAAGGGCUCGAGGAGAAAGAACUGCUAGUGCUUGUAGCCAACAAAGAAACUUGGACCAAGAUGAUUCGUGAGUUUAAACAGACAGAUAUCGACACAGAGAUGACUCCGCUUGGCAGUUCAACAACUUGGAGAUGCCACAUGCCGUUGAAAGAGAUUGAAGCUAUUCAAGUGAAUCAAAGGCCAAGAAAAUGAUCAAUUGAUGUACUUUGAAAUAUGAAGUAAUUUGUUGGAAUAUCAAAUUGUAGUAUCAAGUUUUAGUUUUGCGAAAUCUAACUUCGAUUGUAGCCUAUUUGUGUUACUAUAUUGUUUUAUUGUUUUUGUUGGGAAUGGAUAAUUUGGCAAUGGAUUUUGGCUA